CGUGAGUGCAAACAUAAGCGCGUGCGCUCAGCAAGUCUCUAGUUGAACAGUGCGGCUCGCGCAAGCGGACGGUGCGCUCGAGAGUAUAUUGUGAACGUCAGCGGAAUACAAUAAUAAACGUGUUAUUGCUUAAAAAGAGAUUUACCUACAAAAACCAGAACAUCCCCGGACUUCUGUCGUUAUCGGGGGACACUAGAAGACAGAUUUGACCCGCUGUCCCCUGCUUACCGAGACACAGUGAUCAUCAAUGAGGACAUUAGGAAUGGCUGUGUUCAAACAAGAAAAAGUGGAGGAUUUCUAUGAUAUUGGAGAAGAACUUGGAAAUGGGCAGUUCGCUAUCGUGAAACGUUGUAAAGAGAAGAGCACAGGGGUGGAGUAUGCAGCAAAGUUCAUAAAGAAGCGUCAGAAUCGGGUGAGCCGGAGAGGUGUUCGGCGAGAGGAAAUUGAGAGGGAAGUGGACAUCCUACAGGGGCUCCAGCAUCCUAACAUCAUCACAUUGCACGACGUUUUCGAGAACCGUACUGAUGUGGUGCUCAUCCUGGAACUUGUAUCUGGAGGCGAACUCUUUGACUUCCUGGCCCAGAAGGAGUCACUGAGUGAAGAGGAAGCCACAGAAUUCAUCAAACAGAUUCUUAAUGGAGUUCAACACCUGCAUUCUAAGAACAUUGCACAUUUUGACCUGAAGCCUGAGAAUAUCAUGCUGCUGGACAACAAUGUUCAAAUGCCGCGGAUCAAGCUUAUUGACUUCGGUUUGGCGCAUAGGAUCAAGGACGGAGUGGAUUUCAAAGACAUUUUUGGGACUCCAGAAUUUGUUGCUCCAGAAAUAGUCAACUAUGAGCUGCUGGGAUUAGAGGCGGACAUGUGGAGCAUCGGAGUCAUCACAUACAUCCUGUUAAGUGGGGCAUCACCGUUCCUGGGCGACUCCAAGCAGGAAACUCUGGCAAACAUCUCAGCUGUGGACUAUGAAUUUGAUGAGGAAUUCUUCGGCAGCACCAGUGAACUAGCCAAAAGCUUCAUCAGACAACUGCUGGUAAAAGAUACAAGAAAGAGGCUUAAGAUACAAGAUGCACUCAACCACCCAUGGAUAAAGCCCGUAAAUCCCAGACAAGCCCUGGUGCGAAGACAAUCUGUGGUCAACAUUGAGAAUUUCAGGAGACUGUACGCCCGGAGAAGAUGGAAGCUUUCUUUCAGAAUCGUAACCCUUUGCAACCACUUAACACGCAUGAUGAAGAAAGGUCACUCCAAGCAACAGGAUAAACCCAAGAUGGGCUACGUAGGGGGCACGGUGGCCAUGUUUGAGAGAGAGUGUGAGAGUGAUCAAGAGGAAGAAGUGAUGCUGAGGAGACCCAGAACCAGAAAGAGGAGCAGCACUUCCUGAAACUCCUUUUUGCUCCUCCCUCCGACCGCAUUAUGAGCUUCACAGGUGCAUGCUGGUUUUGAGGUGAACCAGUGGCAUGUGUGCUUUUUUUCAAAUGCACACAUUUUGUUUUGUUUUAGAAAGGCCGUUGAGGCAUUGGUAAUGUGUAUGUGGGUUGUUUAUCUUCAUAAAGAUGCAAUUAUUAUGCGCGAGUCACCGCGUCUCUACACACGAUGCAAUAAGUGCAAUUGUGGCAAAUAUACUUAGACAGAAAAAAAUACUUACAUGUUUUAAAGCCGUAUGUUAAUGUAUUAAUGUACAUAACAGAAUGGGAAAGAGGUUACUGGAUAUACAUUUGACCAGUGGCUGAUGUUUUGAAGUGUGCCUGAACACUUUUGUAUUCCUGUAUUUGAACUUCAAAUUUAAUUUGUCUUUCAAAAGCUGUAUAACUGAUACGUGACUGAUAUAGCCAACAGUUUAAUUUUUAUUCUGUAUAUGAUAUACGUUUUUUUAUUGUCAUUUAAAAAUUUCGUUGACGAGUCAGUGCAAAAUGGAUUGGGUUUGUCUGUCCAGUUUGAAACAUUCUCAGUGUAUUUGCUCUUAAGUGUCUUAAAAUGUAAGUCAGUGACGAUGAAUCGUUAUCUUUGCGCUUUAGACAGUAAUGAUGGUGACGUUCAAACCUGUCUACAUGAGAUGUCCUGUAUCAGAGGAUGUCAUUCCUUUUUUAGUGACACUUUAUAUCAAGAUCAGGGCAUUAGAAAGGCAGAAGUUUAUGGAGAUCAGGGCAGUAAUAAUGCUACCUCGUGGCUUGUGUUGGAGGCAGAGGAACGUUUUUAAUUGUGCUUUUCUUAAAUGUUUUCAGUUAAAGUUAUUACUUGAAAGUUUAGUAAUAACAAUAUAGAGAAACAGGUUUAUUUGUUUGUUUUCCACUCCCUCCAUCUAAUGGCAGACAAGGGAAAUUUCAGGAAACCUACAGUGGCAAGAAAAAAUAUGUGAACCCUUUGGAAUUAGCUGGUUUUCUGCAUUAAUUGGUCAUACCAUGUGAUCUCAUCUUCAUCAAAGUCACGAGUAUAGACAAACAAAAUGUGCUUACCCCUCAUGUACUGUUCGGUAAUUUUUUUAAUCAAUUUUCUUUUUUCAAUAAAACUGGUUUCUUUUA